GAGAGAGAGAGAGAAAGAGGAAGAAAGAAAAAUUAGAAGCUAUUCAGUUAAAAUAAGAUAGAAGUUCAGAUAAUUUCUAGAUAAUGUCGUUCAACGCCUAUAAAACGAAUUACUGACAGUCGACUCAUUUGAUAAACUCAUAAUAUAAAAGAAGAGGAUAAGAGAACGUUUAGACGUGUAUAAGAGAAGAUUUAACAACGCAAAUUUUUUAUCAAUAAUAGAAAUUAACUUGUUCGUAAUAAAAACAAUAAUAUUAAAUGGAGGGAGGACCAAAAUACGCCCUUUUUAACGUGGAGGAAAAAAAAUUGGCGGAUAAAUAUUUCCCAUCGUCCAAAAGAGGUUUCAUAAGGAUUGGUGAAAAAAAAUGGACCAUGACGUACAGAUAUGUCGAGGAAGGUGUCGCAGUAUAUAAUUCAAAGCCUCGACAUGAUGAUACUUGGGUCGUCAGUUAUCCUCGAUCAGGUACCACAUUGACAUUGGAACUGGUUUGGUUGGUUGCGAACGACAUGAACUUCGAAGAAGCAAAGAAACGAAGUCUACAUUAUAGAUUUCCAUUUUUCGAGCUUGACAUAUUGACAGGCGAUUAUGAAGAUGCUCUAUCAAAUCCGUCGAAUAAAAGUCCAAGAUUGAAUCCAGAAUUCGCCAGUAAAUUAUCAUCCCCACGAUUCAUCAAAACCCAUAUGCCAUUUGAAUUAAUGCCUAAUCUUCUCGAUAGUAAUUGUAAGAUCGUUUACGUGGCACGUAAUCCAAAAGACAUGGUGGUGUCCUGGUAUUACUUUCUACAGGUUAUCAAGGGAUUAGAAUAUCAGGGAACUUUCGAAGAAUUUUGUGAAUACUUUAUGAAGGAUUUAACUAUUUACAGUCCCUAUUGGAUCCAUUUGAAAACUGCCUGGGCUGAGAGACAUCGUUCGAACUUGCUAUUUAUAUUCUACGAAGAGCUAUUAAACGACUUAUCUAAUACCAUUAAAAAAGUGGCAAAAUUCUUUGGAAAAUCUUAUAACGAAGAGGAGAUAUUGAAGCUAAUUGAUCAUCUUCAAAUAGAUAAUUUUCGAAAGAAUCCUAUGGUGAAUAUUCCGUCACCUAGGGAUAAUGAAGAGGUACAGCCAAGCAUGUUCAUACGGAAAGGCAAAGUCGGAGCUUGGAAAGAAAUGUUCACAAAAGAACUCGAAGAAAAAUUCGAUGCUUGGAUCGAAGAGAAUAUGAAGGACACCGAUCUUACAUUUCCAAUAGAUUUCAUUCAAAAAAAGUGAGAAAUCUUUGGAAGAAAAUAAUAUAUGCCAGAUGAAUUAUCAUUAUAAGCGAAUUAUCAUCAAAUAUAUUUUGUCAUUGAAUUUCUUUCUUCUUUCCGUUAUUUUUUCUUUUCUUUUUUAUUAUUUUUCUAUCGUGCAAAAAAAAAUUUACGGAAUUAUCUAAUAGUUCAGGACGUAACCCAAAACCGGAAAUUGAGCUCAGAUUUCGUUCGAUCCGUCCGGAUAUAAUAUCAAACAGUUCAAUAUAUCAUUCCAUUCCUCUAUCACAGUCGAUUUCUGUUCCCUUGAAAAAUCUUGAAUUAAAUGAAUUCUCUCUCUUCCUCUCUCUCUCACUCUCUCUCUCUCUCUCUCUCUCUCUCUCUCUCUCUCUCUGUCUAUC